UUUAGUGUAUGUAGAUACAAGUUGUAGUUUGUUACUGAAAGAAUGACAAAAAGACAGAGGGACGACAAAUAUGAAAAUGAAGUCAGAUACUUUCUAAACCCGGAGUCGGUCAGUGUACAUCUGUUUUGUUCAAUUUGCCAAGACGUUUUCCAGGACCCCCAGCGAGCUCCGUGUGGUCAUAGUUUUUGUAGAAAGUGUAUAUUACCAUGGUUACGACAGAGUAAAUCUUGUCCGGAAGACCGUAAACCUGUUAAUGAGAAACAAUUACAUCAUGACUUUAUAUUGGAAAACAUCAUUGGAGAUCAAAUGGUACGUUGA